AUGAAGAGGGGCGGCGGCGGGGGGGAUUACGGUUUCGCGGACGAGGUCGCUAGUUCAAGGCGCAUCCGGCGGCCGUGGACGGGUCCGAUGGGCGACAUCAGUGCGACGCCCGACACGGGAUCUCGACCUCCCAUGGCCCCCCUUCCUGGCAUCGUCGUCUGUUCGUCGUCGUCCACUCCACGACCCGGGAGGAACGGACGGGGAACCAUCAUCGCCGAUACCACCUUCAGGCUCCAGCACCCAUCAACCACCAACCACGCGAACCUUGACUCGUUCUCGCUUAAGGUUCAGACUGGGAACCCCGUCACCCAAAAUUCUUUUCUGCUCAAAACCCACGGCUAUGGAACCCCACUGUGCGACCCUCCGUCAUCAGAGAGGUCAGAAGGAGAUCGCGAUCCUAGGGCAGUGUAG